AUGAGUGCAACUAAUGUCACCAUAAACAGAGUACCCAUGAGUGGAACAGGGGACCUUGCUGUGAUUGAAUUGGAGGAUAUCCAAGAGGAAAUCGAUUACUGGAACUCUGCGACUAUGUGUUAUGUGGUUGGAGCGAAUCCCCCUAUUCAUGUAAUGGAGGGGUUUGUUCGUCGAAUCUGGAGAAAUAUGGGGGUGGAGAAGGUGGUUGUUGUAGCAAAAGGGGUGUUCCUAGUUAGGUUCACAACCAUGGCUAGACGCGAUGAGGUGUUGGCUUCUAAGAGGCCCUUUUUUGACAGCAAACCUGUUGUUCUUAAGGCAUGGACACAGGAUAUGGAUUUCUCAAAGGAGGAUUUGAGAUCUGUGCCCAUUUGGGUUAAGCUACAUCAGCUUGAUUUUAAGUACUGGGGUGAGAAGAGCCUCACUAAGAUUGUAGGGAAACUUGGCACUCUUAAGCAUGUAGACAGUGCUACUGCAAAGAGGGAUAAACUUUUGUUUGCAAGGGUACAGGUUGAAGUGAGUGUGGAGCAAGAUUUUCCUGAUAAACUGCAGUUCAUUAAUGAGAAGGGGAGUGUGACUGAGAUUGGGGUUGAGUAUGAAUGGAGACCAGUGGUGUGUUCUCAAUGCAAGGGUUUGGGACAUGAGCUGGCUAAAUGCAGGAAGAACAUGGGUAGAAGGAUAUGGGUGCCAAAGGUUGUGGUGCCUCUACCAGCUAAUCAUGGUAGUGUGCAGGUUCAACAAUUCCAACCUGUCCAAAAUCCUAGUAGGAGAGUGAGUCCUAGUCCUGCUGGUAUUAGUGUUGGUAAUCAUUUUCAGGUGCUUGGAGUGGAUCAUGGUGAGGAUCAGGGAGAUGGUGGUGGUGGGGUGAACCCACAGCAGUGUGCUACUGGAGGAGGGGACUCCUCUGGAAACAAUGGAUAG